AUGGCGCGGCGCCGCCGGCUGCUGCCGCCGCCCCUGCCGGGGCUGCUGCUGGGGCUCGGCCCGGUGCUGCUCGGAGCCGCCGCCGCCUUCAACCUGGACCGCACCUUCCCCGUGCUCAAGGAGGGCCCCGGCCGAGCCUUGUUCGGCUUCUCGGUAGCGCUGCACCGGGAGACGGAGCGGCGGGAGCGGAGCCUGCUGCUGGUGGGGGCCCCCCAGGACGCAGAGCCGGUGAACGGGACACGGACGGGCGCCGUGUACGCCUGUCCCCUGAGUGCCACCACCCGCGACUGCCAGCGCCUGGCCAUCGAGCUCAAGGAUGAGCCGGACAAGGCCAUCAUUGAGGACAUGUGGCUGGGGGUGACAGUGGCCAGCCAGCGGCAGCCACCGGGGAGGGUUCUGGCGUGUGCCCACCGCUACACGCGGGUGCUGUGGUCGGGUGCCGAGGCUCAGCGGCGCAUGGUGGGCCGGUGCUACGUGCGGGGCAAUGACCUGCGCCUGGACCUGGGGGACGAGUGGCAGACGUACCACAACGAGAUGUGCAACGCCAACACCGACACCGACGAGACCGGCAUGUGCCAGAUGGGCACCAGCGCCGGCUUCAGCGCCAACAUCAUCUACUUCGGGGCGCCCGGCGCCUACAACUGGCAGGGCACCGAUUACAUGCUCCAGCGGGAGAUGUGGGACCUGCACGACUUCUCCUACCCCAACAAGAGGAACGGCAACACCUACAUAGGGUACACGGCCGAGGUGGGCAGCGCGGUGCUGCAGCAGGACGCGGUGACGCUGGUGACGGGCGCGCCCCGGUACCGGCACACGGGGGCCGUGCUGCUGCUGAGCCGCGGGGCCCGGCAGGCGCUCAACCGGAGCCUGCUGCUCCCCGGGCCCCAGGUCGGCUCCUACUUCGGCAGCGCCCUCGCCCUGGCCGACCUCAACAACGACGGGUGGCAGGACCUGGUGGUGGGGGCCCCCUACUACUUCGAGCGGAAGCAGGAGGUGGGGGGCGCGGUGUUCGUGUACAUGAACGAGGCCGGGGGCUUCCAGCAGCUCCCCAGCCUGGUCCUGACCGGCCCCAGCUACUCCGGGUUCGGCUUUGCCCUGGCCAGCAUCGGGGACAUCAACCAGGACGGGUUCCAGGAUAUCGCCGUGGGGGCUCCUUUCGAGGGGCCUGGCAAGGUCUACAUCUACCACAGCAGCGCCGAGGGGCUGCGGGACCGACCCCGGCAGGUGAUCAGCGGGUCGGAGCUGGGCCCCACCACGAUAAAAACCUUCGGGUAUUCCCUGAGCGGGGGGCUGGACAUGGACGGGAAUUCCUACCCGGAUCUGCUGGUGGGCAGCCUGAGCGAGCGAAUCGUCCUGCUCAGAGCCCGUCCCGUGAUCAACAUCCUGGACAAGACCUUCACGGUGACCCCCAGCAAGGUGGACCCCGCCCAGUGCACACCCAAAUCCUGCAUGACGGUGACCCUGUGCUUCUCCUACAACCAGAGCGCGGGGGACCCCAACUACAAGGAGAGGAUCACCCUGCAGUACACGCUGGAGGCCGACAAGGAGCGGCACCCGCCCAGGGUCAGGUUCUCGGGGUCCCAAUCUGCCACCUACACCGGGGACUUCUCCAUGCCCGACACCCACUGCCAGUCCCAGGAGCUGCUACUGCUGGACAAUGUCCGGGACAAGCUGCACCCCAUCGUGCUCUCCAUGAACUACUCGCUGCUGGAGAGGCCCAGAACGUUCCAGCUGGGCCCCCACUCCCUGGACACCUUCCCCGUCCUCAACCAGGACCAGUCCCACGAGAACGAGACCAAGAUCGAGUUCCAGAAGGAAUGUGGAUCUGACAACCAGUGCUACAGCAACCUCCAGCUCCGGAGCAGCUUCAUCACCGAGCAGAACCAGGCGCUGCCCAGGGUGAACGGGACCCAGGUGCUGCAGUACAGCCGGGACGUGCGGAAGCUGCACCUGAGCAUCAACAUCACCAACGUCCCCAGCACGCCCUGGAACGGCGAGGACGCCCACGAGGCGCUGCUCAACGUCACCGUGCCCCCCAGCCUGCUGCCCUCCUCCGUCCGCCCGAGCGGAGCCUGCACCUUUGGGGAGACGGUGCUGUGCGAGCUGGGAAACCCCUUCAAGAGGAACCAAAGGGCAGAGCUGACCAUCACCUUCGAAGCCAUCGGGAUCAUGCUGGACACGCGGGAGAUCGCGGUGUGGCUGGACCUGUCCACGCAGAGCACCCAGGAGGAUCUGCAGCCCGUGCUGGCCAAGCUGCUGGUGGAUUACAGCAUCCAGUCCUCGCUGAGCAUAGCCUCAUCCCACAUCCAGUCCUACUUCAGCGGGACCGUGGUGGGCGAGUCGGCCAUGAAACAGGAGCAGGACGUGGGCAGCCCCCUCACCUUCGACUUCCAGGUGACCACGAAAGGCGAGUCCCUGGGCACCCUGGGCACCAUCCUGCUGGGCUUUGAGUGGCCCCACGAGAUCCCCAAUGGCAAAUGGCUCCUGUACCCCACCGAGAUCCUGGUGAACGGCAAUGACACGUGUCACCCCCCCGGGGGGGUCAUCAACCCCCUCAACCUCACCCUCCUGCAGGACCAGGCUCCAUCCCGGCGGAGACGGGAGCUGGAGCCCCCCGAGCCGGGGGAGCCCCCGGUCACCUUGGCCACCGGCCGGCGCCCCAGGUCCGAGGCGGUGCUGAGCUGCUCGGCGGGCACCGCGCGCUGCGUGUGGUUCGAGUGUCCCCUGCUGCACACGCAGCUCCCCUCCAGCUUCAGCCUCCGCGCCCGCGUCUGGAACAGCACCUUCAUCGAGGAGUUCCGGGACUUUGACCGAGUGAAGGUGACGGGCACGGCCACGCUGUUCCUGCGCUCUCAGGUUCCCACCAUCACCAUGAGGAACCACACGGUGCGGUUCUCCGUGGACGUGGACUCGGAGCUGCAGGAGGAGCAGCCGGCCGAGAUCGCGCUCUGGCUGGUGCUGGUGUCGGUGGCAGCCGGGCUGCUGCUGCUGGGGCUCAUCAUCCUCCUCCUCUGGAAGUGUGACUUUUUCCAGCGGACCCGCUACUACCGGAUCAUGCCCAAGUACCACGCGGUGCGGAUCCGGCAGGAGCAGCGCUACCAGCCCGGGGGGCUCCUGCCCCGCCGCCGCAAGAAGCUCUGGGUGACCAAGUGGCAGGAGCCGGACAAGUACUACUGACCCCCUGUCCCACCGCCCGGACCCCUGCCAGGGGGGCUUUGACUUUGCACAAGUGCAUCUCUCCCUGUCCCCGUCCCCUCGGACGCGGCCGCCUCCGGCUUUGGCUCCCGCAGCCCCUCCCCGCUCGCCCGGGGGGCUUUUGCACGCUGGUGCCUUGCACGCUUGUGGGGGGCGACCCCCCAAAUGUGCCCCCCCUGCUCCCCGAAGUGCUGCUGGGCUCACCGAGUGCCUUCCCCCCGCACAGACACUCCGCUCGCCACGUCCCUGUGCUUGUCCCCAGCCACCCUGGGACACGUCCCGGCCCCUGGGGACACAUCCCCGCAGGCCGGGACACGCUCGCCCCCCUCCCCUUCCCUCGGCGCUGGGUGCGGGACCCCUGUGCUUUCCCCCGGGGGUCUCGGGGAUCUCAUUGCCUCCUGCAGCCCCUCCCCAUCCCGAACCCCGCGGGGGUCUCCUGCUCUUCUCCCCGCGCUCGGACGCAGCUUUGGCUUGGGGGGGUUGGGGGUGCAGCGCUUCAGGCCGUGUCCCCCCGUCCCCGACCCUCGCCCCCCGCCCCGGGGGUCCCUGUCCUGCCCCGCGGGGUUAAAUUAUUCCGUGUCUCUCCGUGUCGGUGUUUUGGUGUCGAGUCCCAGCGUCCGAUCGGUACCGGGGGCGGCUGGGGAGGGGGUCCUGCACCCCCAGCCCCCGCCCGGCCCCCAA